GACAAAAAGCUGAACUACAAAAGUAAACAACAGUCGUGUCAUUUCCAAAUAGGAAUUUCCUCAUUUUCGCAACCGCAAACACAGCAUAUUUUCUACACUUUUUCGUUGAUGACGUGCUCUAACUAUCAGUGAUAAAGAAAUUAGAACUGUUGAGAAAUAUUUGAAGCAGAAAUGACGAGAAAUAUUCUUGUAACUGGAGGCACAGGUCUUGUGGGAAAAGCCAUUGAAACUGUUGUUACAACAAGUGCUUGCAAGGACGAUAACUUCCUGUUUCUCAGCUCAAAAUGUUGCGAUUUAACGAAUCUUGAAGAAACUAGAAAAUUGUUUGAGAAAUUCAGGCCAACACAUGUCAUUCACCUUGCGGCAAUGGUUGGGGGCUUAUUCCACAAUAUGAGCAACAAUUUGGAUUUCCUGCGCAAAAAUAUGCAGAUAAACGACAAUGUUCUUGCACUUUGCCACGAGUUCAAUGUGAAGAAAGUUGUCUCUUGUCUCUCAACUUGCAUCUUCCCGGACAAAACUACCUAUCCAAUUGACGAAACUAUGGUACACAAUGGUCCCCCUCAUGACUCUAACUACGGUUAUAGUUAUGCCAAGAGAUUCAUAGAUAUCACCAAUAGAGCCUACUAUGAGCAGUAUGGUCAUAUAUUUACUUCCGUAAUUCCUUGCAAUGUCUUUGGACCACAUGAUAAUUUUAAACCUGGUGUAAGUCACGUAAUUCCAGGCAUGAUUCAUCGUCUGUACGAGACAAUUCGAAAUCCUGAUAUUCCAGAAACCGAGAAAAUCUUCACGGUGUUUGGAACAGGAAAGCCUCUGAGACAAUUCAUUUACUCUUUGGAUCUAGCACGUCUCUUCCUUUGGACUCUCGAUCACUACGACAGUGUCAAACCAUUGAUCUUGUCAGUGGACGAAGAGGAUGAAGUGUCAAUCAGCCAAGUGGCAGAAUCUAUUACGAAAGCCUUUGAAUUCCAGGGAAAAAUUGAAUUUGAUACGAGCAAAGCAGAUGGACAGUUCAAGAAAACAGCUUCCAAUAAGAAACUGAGAAGCCUUGUGCCAGACUUCAAGUUCACCCCCUUCAGUGAAGCCAUCAAAGAUACAGUGACAUGGUACAAGGCUAAUUACGAGAAGGCCAGGAAGUAAAAUCCACGUAACAUUUAA